UGAACGCAGCAAGGAGCGAACGCAGUUAUACGGAUUUCCGGCCCUUCCGCGCUCCUUCGAUUCCCACUAGCUGGUCGCGUCACUUGGCUGACGCGCUUGAUAUUUUCGUCGAGCACCGAAGUUGACAGCCACCGACGGAUCAAAGUGAAGGCGGACGAGCUGGGUUAGUGCACGCGCGUGUCAACAUGAGCAGUGACUAGUGUGCGCACGAUCGCAGCGACAGUCGCCACCGCCGAAGAUACCGAGUGCUACCGUCUGCAUCCGCGGCGAGCGUGUGUUUGUGAGACUCGAGCGCGGCAAGGGUGAUGCGCCAGUGUAGAGUGCGCGCCACGAGCCGCGCGCGCCUCGAAUAAGCAGAGCGAGCGACGAGAGGCGGCAACAUGAUGAACGGCUUUCUCGAGGGCGUGCCGUCGCACCAGCACCAUUUGACCGCUCUGGGCAUCAAGAUGUCGCCGACGAGCCCCGAGCACGCGGGCGCCACCGCGAUGACGGGCAACGAGGUACAGCCGCUGCAGCCCUCGCCGGCCGAGGCCCCGGCCCAGCAGCACCACCACCACCUGUACCCCCAGGCCGGCUACCCGACGGCGCACCAUCCGCCCGCGCACCACAUGGGCCACCACAUGUCGCACGCCGGCUACGCGGCGCGCGACUUCUUGCUGCGCCGGGAGCACGAGUUCAACGUGGCGGCCAACCCGACGACUCCCGAGAGCGCGGGGCUCGGCCUCUUCACGCCCAUCCACCACGACGCCAGCGGCGCGGGCAUGCAGCAGUUCGCGCACCACCCGGCGCAGCACCCGCACUACCCGGGCCACUACCCGCAGGACAACCGGCUGGUGGCGCCGCCGCAGCCGCCGCCGCCGCCGCCGCCGCCGCCGGCCACGCACCACCAGUACCUGGCGGCGCCGCACAUCGCUGCUGGCCUCCAUCACCACCAGCAGCACGCGGCGGCGGUCGGUCACCCGGCCGCCGCCGCGCCCGCUCACCACGGCCACGGGGCCUUCCUCAGGUACAUGAGCGGCGCGCGGCCCGGCAGCGUGGGCGCCGGGCCGCCGGGCGGCGGCGCCAACGCCGGCGCCAGCCACGGCCCCGAUGGAUUCCGGAAGAUGUCGUGCCAGUGGGUGGAUCACGAGGUCGGGCCCGGCGGCCAGCGCAAGAUGUGCGGCAAGUUCUUCGAGUCGCUGCACGACAUUGUCAAUCACUUGACUGUCGAUCACGUGGGCGGGCCCGAGUUCACUACGCACGCCUGCUACUGGCAUAACUGUGGGCGGAAGGGCCGCGCCUUCAAGGCCAAGUACAAACUCGUGAACCACAUUCGCGUGCACACGGGUGAGAAGCCCUUCCCCUGUCCCUGGACGGGUUGCGGCAAGGUUUUUGCAAGGUCAGAAAAUCUCAAGAUCCACAAACGGACUCACACAGGUGAGAAACCGUUCAAGUGCGAAUAUCCAACCUGCGAUAGGCGGUUCGCCAACAGUAGUGAUCGCAAGAAGCACAGCCACGUCCACACAUCGGACAAGCCAUACAACUGCCGGAUCCCAGGCUGCGACAAGUCCUACACCCACCCGAGCUCGUUGCGCAAACACAUGAAGGUGCACGGAGUGACGUUGGGUGACGGCAAGCUCGGCGGCGGCGGCGGCGCCGGCGGCUACGAGAGCGAGGGCGAAGAGAGCACGAGCAGCGGCGGCAGCCUGUCGGUGACUGGGCACAACGACUCGCCGCAGCCGUCGCAGACCGCGCAGCCAGUGCCAACUGCCAGCAACAGCCUUGCCGGCUCCCACGCCGGGCACGGCGGCCACGAGGGCGGCGUCGGCGUCCCUGGCGGCCCGGGUGUCCCGCCCGGCCCGCCCGGCCAGCUCCAGCACCCGUCGCCCCUGGCACCAGGCCACCACAUAGCUGACACCUGGUACACGGUCUGCCAACCGACGGCGAUGGCGCCUCAGCACAGUCCGCUGCCCCACGGCGCGCCACCCCCGCAUCACCUUGGUCACCACUUCAACACGUUGAUGCACCAUCAGGCUACGGCCUACUAGACACGCACGAGAGGGCUUGGCGAGUAUUCGCCUCUCUCGUGCCUGCCUACGUCACCAAAGCUCAAUCAAAGAUCUCCAACUGAUUGCAGGGGCGGCUCUGACAGCUCUGACGCUUCGGGGUCCGAGCUCCAUAGCUCACCGCUUCUCCGGUUCGCCUAUUAUCCCCAGUUGCCGUUCGACAGUUCGCCUUAGUAUUUUACCGAUCAUCGCGACAAGCUACUAUCGUGUGCUGUAAUUGUAUAUAUAUAUACGUGUCUUAGAAUGUCUUACUCUAUAUAUCACUGGGACUCAAAGUGUCAAUACUCCCGUCUAGCUUUAACGUUUUUUAGGCGAUACUUGCGUGCACUACAGUCGGAAAGCCUCUUGCCAUAACAGGAUCAUCCUCUUCGGCCCAUUUUUUUCUCCAGAGAAUUUUCCCCCGGCAACGAAACUACCAAGCAAAGCGAUUGAUUUGCGAGUCACAUCGCUUUGAAUGAAAUCUGCUUGUAGCAACAUCCGUUGCUAUGGCACCGACUUAUUUGCUAAACAAUCACGAUUGUUUCAUUAUACAAUAUUAAGAUACACGCGGGACGUAAUCAUUUCAUCGAAGGCGUUAUAAAGUGAAGAAUUUUAUAGCGAAAAUGAGAAUUCUCUCGGGACAAGAGGAAACCUUCUUGUAAUAAGAUUACUUGGAGUAGAAGAGUUUCCUCGUGGGCUGCCGCUUUUUAAAGAGAAUGCCCUUGUGGCAAGAGGAGGCCUCUCGAGUCGAGAGGGCUUGUUUCUGAGCGUAGGGAUGUAAUUUUUGAGACUCUCGACCGAGAAUCCCGACAUUUUGAGCAGACCGUAGCGACCUUGCCUCGUGCACUGGACUAGGGCAACCGUGUCUGGAGGAGGCAACCGCGAUCGCGUUUUGUUUUCGUCGUUCCUAAAUACAGUCUAACUAAUAUGUAGUUUUAAUAACAAAUUCAUGCAGUUCGAGAAUGGAAAAUAACGAUUCCGCAUGAAUACAUACAAAACACGCACGUGCCUCGUCGACAUUAUUUUACACCUUCAAAGUCUUUCGCUCUACAUAAAUGAUGAGUUGUAAAUGUGAUUAAACUUUAGUCGAUUAACUCGCACUAUACAUCCGUACUGCGAAAUGCUUUAAUUUAUUUUAAAUCUACUGUAAAGCUGUCGAUACUGUAUAUAUCAAAACUCAAAUUGUACAUUAACUGAAAAUUUUAUCCAAAGAAAUUCAAUAUUUCUUUAUGAGUUCUUUUAUUGACAAAUUUAUUAUCUUAUCUCGAGUUAGCUCUGUUGCUUUAAAUGUAUAAUCUUCUUACAACUGAUCAAUUCAAUCUCUUCUUUGUGAUUUUAUGUUAAACUAUUAACGUUCAAUUUAGAUAAAUAAAGUUCAGUCGUGUACAUUAAUAAAGGAGCUUCAUUCAUUUUUAAUAAUUUUCAUCAUUGAAACUGCUAAAUUAUUUUGGCAGACACAAUUUUAAUCAAAUUUCAAGUUUAUGAUUUGUAUCAAAAAUUCGUAUAAAAAUAAUCGAAAUCUAAUUAAAGCUCAGUUAUAACAAUUUCCGUAUUAUUUCUAUAUCUGAAAAAUUAUUCAUAAGCGAAAAUAUUUUUCGACACUCCGUGCGGAAAGUGCGUUUUUCCCGCACGCUCGGCAAAAUACAUGCGUUGAAAAUCGGACUUUCCUCUCGUCGUAUCGGAAAAUACGGUACGGCACAUGUUCGGGAAAGAGUUUCUCGUCUCGUGUACCAUUCCACCCUCGCUUCGCUCGGGUGUAAACGCUACGCGAGACUAGAAUCUACUUUCCCGCACUUGUAUCGCAAUGUACUAUAAUAGACUAAGACUAAGAUGUUAUAAUUGGAAUGAUGGUGAUUUUAUCGCAAUCUGUUGUUUGGUCAUAGCCACGGAAAAACAAAUUCCAAAAAUAUAAUAAACGGUGUCGUAAACGUUAUAAUGACUAUUGUUGACACUAUAUAUAUUAUGCAAAAAAAUGAAAACAUGAACAUUAGCUUCAAAAAUUGAAGGGUUCAAAACGCGUACUGAAUUAAAUGGACGAAAUUGUCGGGAAAAAAAUAGAUAAUAAAAUAGCCGCACUGUAGCAUCACGUUUGUGAUUUUCUUUAAAACGGUGUGACGGCUUAAAAAAAGUAACAAUGGAAAAACGUGUUUGCACGCCUUCCCUUAUAUUUCUCGAGUUUGUUUAGCGAUGUCUCAAAAACCAAACGAAUAAUAGCUCUUAAAUUCUGCGCCGACACGUAUUAGAUACGAAAUUUCAAAGUUUUAAUAAAACGGCAUGGAUUUUGAUUCAUGAUAAAACUUUUAGAGUACUGGCAAAUGACAAAUGCGAUGAGUAUUUUCGAAAUAAAUUGUUAAUACUGCAACAAAAUAUAUGAUUACAUAAGUUUAGAUAAGUGAGUACGGGCCCUUGCGGUUGAGAGAGAAAGUAAGAAUGUACCUAGAUUUUAAAAGCCUUUUUUGAAUAAGAGCGAUCUGUGUUCGGUGUAAGAUAUAUCACGUAUUGUGUAUAUUGCGACUUUAUUUGAAUGUGUGAUAAUAUCUUGUAAAUAUAUACUAUAUAGCGAAGAGAAAGCAUAUGCACGCAUAUAAUUCGACCUUAUAUAUAUAUAUAAUGUAUAUAUACAUAUAUAUGUGUGUGUGUGUAUGUGUGUGUAUGCAUGUAUAUACAUGUAUAAC